UUGUGAUUUGGCGCUAUAUAAAUGAAAUUGAAUUGAAUUGAAUUAUCCAAGUCAAAAACAAUAGAAAUGGUCUCCCAUAUAAUAACAGGAUCAAUGUAGCUGCCACCCACCCCUCCAAACUCCACACUGAUUUUUAAAGAAUCUGGAACUGAGCGUAAUUUAUCUAAGCACUCACAACCAACUGUUUCACAAGUGGUUGUUAUAUGUAGAGUUGCCAAAAUUAAAUUGCUAGAAAGUCAUGUUAUAUUUAACAGCAAUGUUCAUGAAUGUUGAGACAACUGAAAAUGAUAUUUUUUUGCUACAAAUGAUAAUUGAUAAUAAGAACACAGGCUGUAAAUCCCUUUAAUUGGCUAGUUAUUGCUUUGUACCAGUGAACAGUCAUGACCAAUCAUUUCUGCAUUCUGAGCCUUCAGACACAUUUUAAGCUUACUUUCCCCCUCUCAGGUGGCCACAGUUUUAAAUCAUGCGCAUCCCAGAUGAGGUGUGAAGAGGAGGACUAUGACCUGCUGGAGGAGGAAGAGGAGGAGAAAGUGGGCAGGCCCCAGCCUGUGCAGAUUGUAGUGGCAAAUGAGGAGGAGCAUUCAUUCUUCCUGCAGGAGCAGGUGCUGGAGCAACUGCUGCUGCAGAAGAAGGUCCAGGACCUCCAUGUGGUUGUCGUCUCUGUGGCUGGAGCUUUUCGCAAGGGCAAAUCCUUCCUGCUCGACUUUAUGCUUCGUUACAUGUACAAACAGUCAUCUGAUUCGUGGCUCGGCGGUGUGGAGGAACCUCUGACCGGCUUCACUUGGCGGGGUGGUUGUGAACGGGAGACCACGGGCAUCCAGGCGUGGAGUGAUGUGUUUGUAGUGGAGAAACCAGAUCACAGCAAGGUUGCAGUUCUACUAAUAGACACGCAGGGAGCGUUUGACAGCCAGUCUACCGUUAAAGACUGUGCCACACUAUUUGCCUUGAGCACCAUGACCAGCUCUGUGCAGGUGUACAAUCUUUCCCAGAAUGUUCAGGAAGAUGACCUUCAGCAUCUCCAG